UUGUAUUUAUGGGUGUAUGUGAAGAGAGUUGUCAGCUUAAACAGCCAAUUUAUAUUUCAGCUUUUGCAAAGUUGAAGUUUAGUACUGGGAAUAAUAUUAUUAUUCUAAUAUUAAUAUUCUUAUUAAAACUGUGAGUGUUUCUCAUGAAUAAAUACUCAUCCUUUUGACUGUCAAGGGAUUGCAAUGAUGGUGAAUACAUAGCUUUUCAUUAAUCAACAGUUCACAACAUCUGUUGCAAUAUGGCAACUUCUGUAGGUUCAAUUCAUAACAGUUCAGAUUUAGUGAAGGAUUAUGUUUGUGAUGCUUGCGAAAGUAAAAAUAUUGAAGAAAGUGCCGAUUAUUUUUGUACAACAUGUUUGAAGCUUUUCUGCAGAAAAUGUAUUUAUCAGCAUGAUCAAUUAUAUGCAAAUCAUUCCAAAUAUGGAAGAGGAGAAACAAAUAAAUGGCCUCUCACUAAGACAAUGGAGGAUUUGCUACUGAAAUGUGAUGUCCACAAUGACAAGAUACUGGAAUUUUUCUGUCAGGACCACAGUCAGCUGUGUUGCACUGCUUGUGUGUUACUGAAUCACAGACAGUGCACCAAUAUGACUCUAAUUUGUGAAUCUGUCAAGAAGAUGUCAUUGGAUAUGAAACAUUUGUCAAUCAAUCUUCAUUCUAUUCUUGGUGAGAUAAAUAAGUUUAAGAGUUCACAAGAGACCAGCAUUCAGUUCGUGGAGGCAUCAUAUAAUGAAAAAAUGCAAGAAAUCAGAGAACAGCGUAAGAAAUUAAAUGCCGCUUUGGAUGAGCUAGAAAAUGCAACCUUGAAAGAACUGGACGAAAUUAGGACCACAUUGCAAACUUCCCUCAAGAAAGACAUGGCCAACUGCAACAGACUGAAGGAUGAACUGAAACAACUCAGUGAAGCUGUAAAUGUCCUUUGUGAGAAAAGCAAAAAAGAAAUCGAGUUCAUAGCUAGCCGAAAAAGUCUAGACAAAAUACAAGAGUCUAAGACUUAUCUAAAGGAGAACCCCGUGAAGCUGCAGAGCUCAAUAAUAUAUAAGGCAAAUAUUGAUAUUGAGAGGUUCCUGUCUCAACAUGAAAGUCUGGGGAGGAUUGUAGAUGGUAUGCAGUCUCUCACACUUAAGAUAAAUCCAGAACAGCUUUUGACUGUGAAGAGAAACUCUAGGUAUAUUGUGAAAAUGUCAAGUGACACCAGUCAGAUUUUCAGCAUCUAUGGCAUUUGCUGCCUGCCUAGUGGACAGGUCAUUGUUACAGAUGUAAAAAAUAAAAAUGUGAAGCUGUUGGACAAGCACAACAAUGUGUGCAGUCACUGUGAGUGUGAUUAUCCAUCGGGCAUUUGCCAAAUCACAUCCAGUGAGGUGGCUGUAGCUGUCCAUUCAGGAGUGCAGUUUAUAUCUGUCAGCAAUGGGAAGCUGGUGACUGGGAGGAAGGUCCAGUUUCCGCAUGCUGCCUAUGGUAUUGCCUUCCAUCAAGGGGCCUUGUAUGUCACCUCUGGCACUGCCCUGUACCUCUACACUCUGACAGGAUCACUUGUGAAAAAGCUGUAUGAGGAUACACAUGGCGAUUUAACAGUGUGGCAAUGUGCAGUGAGUCCUUCUGGGGACAAGAUCUAUGUCACCAACCAGGACCAGCACAAGCUUAUCACUCUGGCCACAGACGGCACCCUGAUAUCCACCUUCACGGACCCUGAACUAAAAGACCCACGAGGUAUACAUGUCACACCUGCAGGACAUGUGCUUGUUGUUGGAUUCGACUCCCAUACUGUCAUGCAGGUAGAUGGUGAAGGAAGAAAGAAACUGGGGACUCUGGCUAAACAGAAAGAUGGACUCCAAUCCCCACUGUCUGUCUGCUGCAACACCAACACUCACCAGAUCAUUGUGGGGCAAUGUAAUAACAAUACAAUCUGUGUUAUGGAAUUACAAUAGCUCUUCCAUCACUACCAUUAGGAGAAUCACUGAGUAGGCAAGGCAGUGCCUUACAAACAAUACUUUUCAAAGGUUUUUCCUAAGAAUUUGUUUGUUAGAACACAAAUGUUUGUUAAGGAACAAACAAUAAUAUUGAUAAAUGGUAAUACAUGUACUGAUAUUA